CUCAUCCCUCAAACGAGGUUCUCCUACAAGAUUCCAACAUGUCGGCCAUCAAGUCGUUGAAUCCAAAAGCUGAAGUAGCACGCUUCUCUGCAGCCCUAGAAGUCAAUAUGACGGCUGCUAGAGGACUACAAGAUGUACUGAAGACUAAUUUAGGACCUAAAGGAACUAUGAAAAUGUUGGUUUCUGGUUCUGGUGAUAUCAAGUUAACCAAGGAUGGAAAUGUUCUUUUACAUGAAAUGCAAAUUCAGCACCCAACUGCAUCCCUUAUAGCAAGAGUUGCAACAGCUCAGGAUGAUAUUACUGGUGAUGGAACCACUUCUAAUGUAUUAAUUAUUGGGGAACUUCUGAAACAGGCUGAUUUAUAUAUAUCAGAGGGCUUACAUCCAAGGGUUGUGACUGAAGGCUUUGAAGUUGCUAAGAAAAAAGCUUUAGAGAUUUUGGAUCAGAUCAAAGUAACCAAGGAAAUGGAUAAAGAAAUCCUCAUGAACGUAGCAAAAACAUCUCUUAGGACAAAAGUACAUACAAAACUAGCUGAUCUCCUAACUGAGGUAGUAGUUGAUGCAGUGCUUGCAAUAAGAAAGCCUGGUACACCAAUAGAUCUACACAUGGUUGAAAUUAUGGAAAUGAAACACAAAACAGAUACAGAUAGUCAAUUGGUAAAAGGUCUUGUUAUGGACCAUGGAGCCAGACACCCAGACAUGAAGAAAAAGACCACAGACGCCUUCAUCUUGACAUGCAAUGUUUCCUUUGAAUAUGAGAAGAGUGAGGUGAAUGCAGGUUUUUUCUACAAGUCUGCUGAAGAAAGAGGAAAACUUGUUGCAGCUGAAAGAAAGUUCACUGAUGACAAAGUGCAGAAAGUUAUUGACUUUAAGAAAAAGGUCUGUGAAGGUACAGAUAAAGGAUUCGUUGUGGUCAACCAAAAGGGCAUAGAUCCCUUCUCGUUGGACAUGUUUGCUAAGGAAGGGAUUGUUGCAAUUCGAAGAGCAAAGAGAAGGAAUAUGGAAAGGAUUCCUUUAGCAUGUGGUGGAUUAGCUGUAAAUUCAGUGGAUGACUUGACUCCUGAUGUGCUGGGAUUUGCUGGAUUGGUGUAUGAGCAUGUACUUGGUGAAGACAAAUACACCUUCAUUGAGGAAGUGAAAAACCCACAGUCUGUCACAAUCCUUAUCAAAGGGCCAAACAAACACACACUGACUCAAAUCAAAGAUGCCAUUCGUGAUGGGCUUAGGGCUGUCAAGAAUGCAAUAGAAGAUGGUUCUGUAGUCCCUGGAGCAGGGGCCUUUGAGAUAGCAGUCCAUGCUUCUUUGGUUGAGUUCAAGAAAUCAGUCAAAGGAAAAGCAAAACUUGGAGUUCAGGCAUUUGCAGAUGCUUUGUUGAUCAUCCCAAAAACCUUGGCAAAGAACUCUGGCUUUGACUCCCAGGAAACGAUUGUUAAGCUACAAGAGGAGUAUGCUGGUAGUAAUACACCCGUGGGUGUGGAUUUGUCUAGUGGAGAGGCACUUAACCCUGCUGAUGCUGGGAUAUGGGAUAACUAUCGUGUCAAAAGACAGUUAUUGAAUUCUUGCACUGUUAUUGCCGGUAAUCUACUGCUGGUUGAUGAAAUUAUGCGAGCCGGGAUGUCUUCUCUCAAAGGCUGAUGAGUGUAAUUCUGUGUUCUGUUCAUAGUACUACUGAUGUGUGCAUGAAGAUGGUGUGAAGCGUCAAUCAAGCUUAUAGAGCACUUUACACAUUACUUUUCACCAGUGAAAACUACUAGUGAAAAGCGAUGUGUAGUUCGCAUUUUAACCGAUUCUCGCGUGGCAUUUWAAAAAAACAUCGUUCAGAAUGCAUAUCAGUGCGUUAGAAUCAUUGAUUAGCACAUUAAAAAUAUUUUCUUUCAAGUCUA